AUUGUUACGGAAGCCAGCCAGCAAGCAGUCUGAAGUGUUCUUAUUAUACCUCAGUGGUUUGAAGCCAGUUGUGUGCCAGGUGACAGUAUUGCACGACACGUCAAGAGUAUCCCCACUGUAAAGUAAGUACAUCAAAACUGCUUUACCAUUGACUAACUUAACUGCUUCUGUUUUAGGGUAGUCACUUUAAUGAACCGGAAGCGUAUUUAGCACAAAACUAACUAGCAAACUAGAACAUAUCGCUAGCUUCGCAGCAAAGCGCUCGAGAAGAGUUCUGUGUCAGUCAUAAAAGCUCUCAGAAAAUGGGCCUUUGCCUGGAGUGUAGUUAGUCGGAUUCCUUUGCAAAACGUUUUGCCAUGGAAACCGUUUAGCUACUCCAAACGAAACAUGUUUUGCAACGAAAACGAGUUUCUAUUGGACAAAUUCAGGUCCCUCCCGGUUUCGUUCCAAAUCAAAUUGUAUUUGUCACAUGCGCCGAAUACAACAGCUGUAGACUUUACCGUGAAAUGCUUACUUGCAAGCCCUUAACCAACAGGUAAACGGUUUCCUGCAUAACGUUUUGCAACGGAAUCUGGCUAAUGAAUACAUCCCUGGUAUAAUCUAAUUCUCUCAUACACUUUUCAUUUCAGGCAUGCCAAAAGUUGCACUGGUGACUGGUUCCAAUAAGGGGAUUGGAUUUGCAAUCGUGCGGUCGCUUUGCAAGCAGUACAAUGGUGAUGUUUUCCUUAGUGGCCGGGAUGCUGGCCGUGGAACUGCGGCUGUCGAGAGCCUGAAUUCUGAAGGGCUGAAACCUCUCUUCCAACAGCUUGACAUCAACGACCCAGAAAGUGUGCGCGCGGCCCGAGAUUUCUUCAAGGAGAAAUAUGGUGGCCUUGAUGUGCUCAUUAACAACGCUGGGAUUGCCUUUAAAAGUAGGGAAAUAAGUUGACAAAAUGUAAUGGCUACUAUGAUUGGCCAUAAUGAUGCUAUGUGAUGCCCCUUUGAUCUGAGAGACAACUGAUGUUUCUUUUUCUUUACAGAUGCUGAUACUACACCCUUUGGAACCCAAGCUGAGGUGACUCUCAAAACGAACUUCUUUGCCACAAGAGACAUGUGCAAUGAGUUUCUCCCCAUUAUCAAACCAGGAGGUAAUGCUGUUAGAACAAGCCAACUGACAGACAGCUGGAACACUGAUGCAUAGCAAUAGAUUGUAGAGCCUAUCCCCUGGAACAGAGGGACCAUUUAUGACCACACAUCAUCAUUGUGUCUUAUCACUUCAGAACAAUGGUGUUGUGUGACUGCAAGUUAUGUCUUGUGACCAUGCACUUUCUAGGACCCUGAGUUUUUCCUGUGCCACGGAACCUCACAACCACUACCCGCUCUCUCUGAGUCAUAGUUAUUUUGCUGCGUCAAUUGACAGUAGAUACCAUAACUGUUUAUUUUACUAACAACACAGAGUUGUUUGUGUCUGUCCUCAGGGAGGGUGGUGAACGUGUCCAGUGUUAUGAGCUCCAUCGCCCUGAACCGCUGCAGCCCUGAACUCCAGGCCCGGUUCCGCAGCAAUGACAUCACAGAGGAGGAGCUGGUGGGGCUGAUGGAGAGGUUUGUCCAGGAGGCCCAGGCAGGGGCGCACUCCCAGGGGGGCUGGCCCGACACAGCCUACGGGGUGUCCAAAACAGGCCUUACCGUGCUCUCCAGGAUCCACGCCCGCAAGCUGAGGCAGGAGAGACCAGCUGACCAGAUCCUCCUGAAUGCGUGCUGCCCAGGCUGGGUUAGGACUGAUAUGGCUGGGCCCAACGCCACCAAGUCACCAGACGAAGGCGCCAUCACCCCCGUUUACCUGGCCCUGCUUCCUGCGGGGGCUGGGGAGCCGCACGGACAGUUUGUGUCAGACAAGAAGGUCCAGCCGUGGUGAGGAUUAGGUCAUCGAGUAAUGUGUGUAUUUGGAGGGGUUUUCAGUCUGGCUGUUCUUAUCUGUGGGAAUGGGGGUUAAAUGCACUGUAUACAUUUUAAAGGACAACACCACAGGAAAAUUCAGAAAUGUUGAUUUUGGUACACAAAAAUGUGUAAACCCAGGUGUAUUUAAAAAAUAAUCCAAUCUCACUCUAAUUGUGUUUUUCAGGUCAAUGGAAAUAACCAUGUUUUUAGCAACUACAUAUGAUAUUGUAUUUAUUAAACAUUUUACAAACUUGAACUUAUUUUCACACAUUUCACACAAUGUAUCAUGCUUAGUUAGAUGUGCUUAUGUGUGGGAAAUACAGCACAUUGUGAAUGCCUUGACUUUAAAACGUGAAUUUUGUUUUUAUGUUCACUCGUUUGUCUUCCUUUUUAUUGUGGACUAUUAAAGGUGCAAAACUAUGUAGAAAUGUCCUCGUUUAAAUGCUUUUAAAGUGUACUGAAUCAUUGUUCCAUCUUAAC